AUGGAUGAUGAUUAUUGGAAUUCGUCGUCAGUUACAAAAAAAGUUAACCAACAAGCAAUAUUCAAUACAGAUGGCAACAAUACACUUGAUGAACGUAUCCUUGAUUCAAGUCGUUCUUCACCACCGCUAAAUACAACAGGAGUGACUUCAGCUCGUUAUCGUUCAACAACCUCAACAACAACAAAUAAUUCAUCGAUAACAACAAAAAUAAUAACAAAUAAUUCACCGAUACCGACAAAAACAACAUCGAAUAUUCAACCGAACGUUACCAUUCCUACAUCACAAGUAUCUCGUCCUAUCGGUCAUUCCGUUGAAUAUGAAUUAAUCAUUAUGAAUAGUCCAAGUCCAAAACCAUUUAAAAAACCUCAUAAUUUAUUACGUAAAGUUGGUCAAAAAGUUGAACAAACUUUUAAUCUUUCAAAUUCAAAUAUAUUUCAUGGUUCUUCAUCAUCAUUAAUUGAUUUACCCGAUAGUUCUUAUCAUAGAGACAUAGGAGUUCAUCAUUGUUCACAUGAAGGCACAGUUUCAUUACAAAAUCUUCCCGAAUAUAAUCCGGAUUCUUCACGGUUUAACAUUCGAAAGAAACAUGGUGAUAAUUCAGCAAGAAAAAUAAAAAACAAAAUUAUUUUAUUUAUUUAUUUAUUUAUUUUAGCUGCUCGAUUCGGUCGUUCGCCACCUGUACUAUCAUCAAAUGAUAUUCAUACUAGUGCUCAAUGGUUACCACAUGCAGAAGAAUAUCCGGAUCAAACAGUUAAAGAUCGAAGUACACAAUAUGAUAGAGAAAUGGAAAUACGUUGUAAAAAUUUACUAGAAAAUAAAAGUAUUAAAUUAGAAGAUAUUCGAGAUUAUGAUAAAAAAGCAUCUUUAUUACGUAUGGCUAUUUCAUUUAAUACACCAAGUAUUACUGUUCCAAUAAUGAUUUUUCUUGAGAAUACAUUAUCAAAACAAUUAUUCUAUGAAUUAAUUAAACAACAUCCAUCAGCUUUAAACAAUUAUAUUAAUAUGACCAAAUUAAUAUUUGAAAAUGAUUAUUAUGUAGCUAUGCUUAAACAACUUGGUAGAAAUGAAGAUGUGGCAAUGAUACGUCUUCGACAAGCAAGUCAAACGAAUGAUAUAAAUACUAAAAUGGCGAUAUUAGAUCAAGCAGCAACUGAACUUGGAUCACAUCCAUGGUGGCAUUUACAAGUAGCUGAACAACGACUUUUACUUAAAAAACAAAGAGAAUUACAAAAUAAUCAAACUAAUCAAACAGUACUUGAAAUAUAUAAAACAGUUUAUGAAACAGAUUUUCGAAAACAAAAACAAAAUCGAAAUACUGAUAAAUCAACAUUCGAUCGAAGUAAAGAAUUUGAAACAGCUUUUCAUAUGUCUCCAGAAAUGAUUAUGUGUGGUAAAUUAUCUGUGAUUAUGCAAUGUGGUUUACGAUCACAUUAUGAUGAUUUUGUUCAUCAAGCAAUACAUCAAGGUAUUUUUGGUAAAAAAUAUAUUAUUGCACCAGAAUAUCUUGCUGAUAUGGUCUACAAUUGGGUACGAGUAAGCGGUGAAGGACAAGAAAAAGCAAGUGAAAGAGCUGAACGAUUUCUUACAAUGAUUCCUGAUCCUGGCAAACGUAUUUAUUUUGCUGAAAAAUUUGAAAAUUAUGAUGUAGCUAUAGAUACAAUUGUUAAUAUUCUUCGUGAUCGAUUACAAUUAGAAAAUUUACGUAGACGUAUGCCACAUGAUCAUCCUGCAUUUAAUCGAGCAACAUCAAUGUUAGAAAACACAAAAUGGCGAAAUUAA